CGCGCGGACGGGCAACGGGCGGAGAAGUCGGACCGAGUCGAAGUCGAUUUUCACUUCUUGGCCGUUCUUGAGUCAGCGUUAAUCUAGUCCUUAAACAAGAUCCGAAGUGCGCGGUGGGUGUCCUCCGUGGGUGUUUCUUUCGUUGGCCGAUCUGAAAACCUGAAAAGUUGUCCAACACGCCGAGAGGCGAGUGCUCGGUGCAAAUUGCAAUUUGGUGCGAAAAUCGUGGAACAAUCGAUAAAGUGGUCGGAAAAGUCGUUUCGCUGAAUGGUCCUGCUACCACGGCAGUGGGCCGAGAAUCCGUGAAUUGAACAUUGCCUUGGCGAAGGUCCUUGCGUCGCUGCCGUCUAUAGUGCUCCCGUGUGCCCUGAAAUCGCGUAAAAUGCCCGUAACUCCACUGGUGCUUGUGACACUGUUCGCACUCUGGGACAUCGAAACGUUCGCAGUCCAGGGUGCAUCGUUACGUUGGGAACCUCAAAUCGCUGUUUUAUGCGAAGCCGGUCAAGGGUACUAUCCACAACACUUGUCAGAAGAGGGUAGAUGGGCUACAGAUCUUAACGUCAAACCAGCUAUUUCUUCGUGUCUUAGAGAUAAAAUCGAUUUACUAAACUACUGUAAAAAGGUUUAUCCGAAUAGAGAUAUAACUAAUAUUGUUGAAUCGUCUCAUUACCAAAAAAUUGGAGGAUGGUGUCGUCAAAAUUCAAUUAAUUCAUCAAAGUGCAAAGGAGCUCAACGGUGGAUCAAACCAUUCAGAUGCUUAGAAGGUCCAUUCCAAUCGGAUGCCCUUCUAGUGCCUGAGGGAUGCUUAUUUGAUCAUAUUCACAAUGCCUCCCGCUGUUGGCCGUUUGUAAGAUGGAACCAGACCGGCGCUGCUGCCUGCCAAGAACGAGGAAUGCAGAUGAGAAGUUUUGCUAUGCUCCUUCCAUGCGGAAUAUCAUUGUUUUCCGGUGUGGAAUUUGUUUGUUGUCCAAAACACUUCAAAGCAGAUACGGUUCGAGUGAAGAAAAUCGAUUUACCACAAAUUCUACCGGAAGCUAUGCCAUCCGCAUACGAUGAUGACUCUCAGAGCGUCGAUGAUGAUGCCACAAGCGAUGAUAUUUUGGCUGAUGAGGCUUUGGAUAAUAAUGGAGAUGAUGGUGAUGAAUAUUAUUCGGAUGAAAGCGAUUUGGAUCGCGAUUCAGAUGACUCUGCCGAGAUACGUAAAGCUGAAGCGGAAAAUGCACAGCAAAUGUCUAAUAAUGCUGCUGAUAAUGCGGUGACAGAUUUGCCGAGCGCAGCGUCUACACCACCAGCAAAAUCAGAAUCGCCGCUGAUGAAAGAGGCUACAGUAGAUCCGUAUUUCACACAUUUUGAUCCACGGCUAGAGCAUCAAAGCUACAAGGAGGCGCAACAGCGAUUGGAAGAAACUCAUCGCGAGAAAGUCACACGCGUUAUGAAAGAUUGGUCCGAUUUAGAAGAGAAAUACCAAGACAUGCGAUUAGCUGAUCCGAAAGCAGCGCAAAGCUUCAAGCAGAGAAUGACGGCGCGAUUCCAGGUGGGGAUCUUACAAAAUACAUCUGUGCAAGCAUUAGAGGAAGAAGGUAAUGCUGAAAAGCAUCAGCUGGCCGCCAUGCAUCAACAACGGGUAUUGGCUCAUAUUAAUCAACGUAAACGUGAAGCGAUGACAUGCUAUACUCAAGCGUUGACAGAGCAGCCUCCAAAUGCACAUCGGGUUGAGAAAUGUCUACAGAAACUACUACGAGCCCUUCAUAAGGAUCGUGCACAUGCUCUCGCCCAUUACCGUCACUUACUCACCUCAGGUGGUACUGGAGGCCUAGAGGCUGCCGCAUCGGAACGACCACGAACCCUAGAACGUUUGAUUGAUAUCGACCGAGCAGUGAACCAAUCAAUGACCAUGCUUAAACGAUACCCCGAACUAUCAUCGAAAAUAUCUCAGCUGAUGAAUGACUACAUUCAAGCUUUGCGCAGUAAAGAUGACAUUCCUGGAUCGAUGCUUGGCAUGAGUGAAGAAGCUGAAAUUGCAAUUUUGGAUAAAUACUUUAUGGAAGUAGAGCAUAAAGUUAAGGAGAAGGAACGUUUACGAUUGGCUGAGAAGCAAAGGAAAGAGCAACGUGCCGCUGAACGGGAGAAGUUGCGUGAGGAAAAAUUACGUAUGGAAGCGAAGAAAUUGGAAGAUUUAGUUAAGCAAGAAGAGAAAGAUAAUGUUGAAGGUGAGAAAUCUAAUAAAGAGCCGUCCAAAAAGUACUUAAAUCAUAAAGAAUCUCAGAACGUUGGUGCUACAGAGGCAACAACAAGUCCGAAAUCAAAUCCAACAGUACUGCCGACAGUAGAUGAUGCUGCGGUCCAAAGAGCAGUAGAAGAAGUAGCUGCUGCUGUUGCUCAUCAAGAAGCAGAGCCCAGAAUGCAGCAUAUUAUGGUGCAUGAUUUUGAUCAUGGAGAAUCUAACUAUGCAGUGCGCCAUGAAAUUUACGGAUCUUCGGACCGUGGCGGGCGAAAUGCAUAUUUCACGCUCACGUUUGCUGGCGUAGCAUUGUUGGGUGCCAUAUUUGUAGGAGUAGCUGUUGCAAAGUGGAGAGCGUCACGUUCACCACAUGCACAAGGCUUUAUAGAAGUUGAUCAGACCGUUGGGAUGCCAAUAACGCCAGAAGAGCGGCAUGUUGCAAAUAUGCAAAUAAAUGGAUACGAGAACCCUACGUACAAAUAUUUUGAAGUUAAAGAAUAAAACCACUUGAAACAACAACAACAAAAUUGAGCAUUAAUAAUUAAUUAGUCAAAAUAAAUGCGUAGUCGUAAGAUAACUUAAAGAUAAUAAUAUAAAUGUAAACUAUAUUGGCUCACGCACAAUAGGUAAUAAAAGGUGAAAAGAGAUUUGAAGCGCGAAGCAAGCAGCGUUCUCGAAUGCUGAUCAUUGUGUGGAAAUGAAAAUGAUGAAACAUGAAACCAAGAACAUAGCCGUCGACAAAAAUCAAUGCCUUUAUUACCGCCGAUAUGCGUGAUUCUUUAUGUAUAAUAACAUUAUUAUGCUGGCAAAGCUCUGAUAUUCAUAUUACUGCAAGUGAUUUUUGAUUAUUUUUAAAUGUACGCAAGUAUAUUGUACUAAAGAAUUUGUAUUCACUUUUAAAUCUAGCAUAUGCGUUCUAGAUCGUUAAGGUACAUUGUAUAAAUCAGCAAAUAUAGUAAUUCAAUAAUCUAUUAAUGUAUUACCACUAGAAUCCGAGCAGGAAGUCCUGACCCAGUCCAAGGUAUUAAGUAGCUACUAUAGAACUUUUCCAUAGACGAAGUCGUUUUCGAGGAAAAUGUGUUACGUUUCACUGUCGUUUCGGGGGACCAUGCCUGCCAGCAUGUCCGCUUUGUUUGUUACUCGAGGUUUGGCUUUAAGUUUCUCUAAAACAAAUCUGAUGAUCUCCUUUGAUAUUGUCAACUGCUGAUGUAGGAUAAUGUACUCGUACUCACAGAGAUUUUCCGUUGAUUGGUGACCCGUUUACAAACUUACAAUCUGAUUGUAGAGCUUUAAUUUCGAUAUAUGCGUGUGCCCCUUCGCGAAACUAGGAAAGCUAACAAUAAGUGGUUAUACCCGUAUGACCUUUAAUAUCAAACGCGUUUUAUUGUCACUUAGAGUAAGACCUAAAGAAAUGAGAAGAACUUCACAAAUUGUAAGAAGUAUGAAGUAGUACUAAUAGUUUAACGUCGUAUAAACACUCCAUAAUUGUAAAACAGAUAUUUUUUUAAGUUGGAUUUAGAUGCAGAUGCAAAUGCAGACACCUACUCAAUGAGUCAGCAUGCUAUUUACACAUAAUAUCAAAAAAUGUAUAUUUUAUAUUAUCAGAUAUAAAACUGUGUUAGAAUUAAAAUUAUGCGCAUAUUGAAUAAAUGAAAAGAAAAUGCAGUUGGUAAGCCAUGGGUACAGAUAUUUAACUAAAUGCAUUUUUGGCAAAUGAAAACCAAUCAUUUCAGAUAACACAGAAACAGAUUUUUAUGGUGCGUUGCCGUACAUGCAAAAAGAUUACGAUAUUAUGCUUUUAAGUUCUGUUCCUUUUAACAUAAGAGAACAUACUCAAUUCAUGCAAUAAAUACAUUCAUUUAACAGUAAUUUCUUUUAUUUCGUGUAUGCUAAUAUUUAUUGUUGAGAUUUUGAAAUAAAUAUGCGAUAAAGUU